AGAGAGCAGGAUGGGAUGGCUGCAGUGUGCUCCUGGCACCAGCGUGUGCCUGCCCCUGGGCUCUGGAGACCAACAGCCUCCAAUGUCCGCAGGUGCUCUCUGCAGGUGUGAGAGGUGCCUUGAGGCAGCCUUUGUAAAUACAGCAGUACACAGUAUUUCAGCAUAAAUCCAGCAGUUAUACAUGCAAACAAGCCAGGAUGAAGCACUCCCAGCCCUCCGAAUGGCUCGGGGAGCUGCUCAACCUUGCAGGGAGGAGCCAGCCUCUGCUCCCAGAUUCACUGCACAUCACCCCCCUGCUCUCCCUGCCCCCUGGUUCUUCCCCUGACAGUUCUGUUGCUUUGUAUAACGGUGUUUCUGUGAUGCUGUGAGCUCCGUGGGCUCCAGCCAAAUCUCCUGGGGCGGGUGGACUCUGUCUAGCUGAGCUAUUAAAAAUAACGUGUGAAUGAUGGUGUCUGUUCAAAGCAGGCAGCUCACUUCCCUCCGCUGCCUCCUGAGCCAGGCCAGGGCCGGCGCUGAGCCCUUGCCGGCACUUGGAGGUUGCCAAGAGAAAUAUGCACCUUUGCUGCCGCGAGGCGCAGCGCCGCAGCCAUAACCCCGUCCGGCUGAGAAUUGAUGAAGAUGUUUAGUCUUGGAGAAGUACUGUGCUGAAGGGGAAAACUUUAAAAUGCUAUAAAUCCUUUGGAAGUUUGCAGAGAGCUGGCUUAGCCAAGAGGGAUAACGCUCCUGUGUUUUGUGUUUUUCCCCCUGUUGCUGGAGGGCCAGGAUGCUUGGAAGGGCUCCUGCUCCCUGGGGGCAGCGUGGUUACAAAACCAAGGGCUGUCAGGGCCACUGAGUGGUGCCAGUGCCUCACCAGCACCCAGCUUUGAGGCCCACUGGUUCUCGCUGUGGUGAAGGAGGUGAGCGAUGGGUUUCUAGCCGGCUCUGCUUGCAGUCGUGGCCGCAGGCUCAGCAAUACUGCCAGCACAGCUCCAUCCCUCUGCAGCGUGCUUCCAACAAAGCAAAGCUCAGCACAGAGCUGCUCCUCCGGCUGGUUUUCUUAAUUUGCCAAGCCUGCUUCAUUAAACCAUUCCUUUUUUAGAGCAGAGGAAAAGGAAGAGAAGGAGCUAAAAGUGGAGCCUCAGGAGCAGGGAGGAGGGGUGGCUGCUGCGGGGCUGAUGUCACUCUUGGGUCUCGCGGGUGCAGUGCACGCAAUGUCAGGGACCACGGGAUGGUGAAGAGGACAUGUGGGCUGCCUGCCUUCUGCAGCCACGCCUGGGACCUCAAGCUGUCCUUGGGAGUGGCCAGGAGCCCCAGGCAGUGGCUGCUUGGCCCUAUGGGGCCCACGGUCACCUCUUUGCUGCAGCUGGUCGCAUCGUGCCUCCCGCACUGCUCCAUCUGGGUGUUGUCCUUUUGUGAGGUCCUGCAUGUCCCAUCCGCCGUCUUGACUUCUCCCAAGGCCGCUCUUUCCUCCCUUUCCCUCACCUCCCACGGGUUCGGGGCUUAUUACUGCUGUAAUAAUUACUGCUGUCUCCCUCCCUGCCUUGACCUUUGUGUUGGAAGAUUUCAUCCCAUCUCUCCCAGCUGCAGCUGUGGCAGGGCUAGGUGCUUCUCCCCUCCUGCUUUUGCCAACCUGUAGCAACUAGACAUGAAGCAUCCUGCCCCCAGGCACUCCUGCAUGGCUUAGACCAAGCCUGGGGUUUGCUUGUGCAGUAGUUGUGGUCCUUCAUGCAGUGUGGACAGUGUUGGGAUCAUGGGGCCAGGCUGGGGUCAGGGUGCCAGAAGAGCACCAGCACUGCAGGUGAGUCACUGGAAUGGCACCAAGUGGCAUCUGGCUUACAGCACUGGCAGUGCUGGAGGUGAUGUCUCCUUUGAUUGCUUUCCCAGCAUCCUGAUUUGAUGCAGCAGAGCCCUGUCUCCCACAUGCGGGGUCCCGCAUCCACCCCCGCUCUUGCAUGGCAUGUGCAGGGCUGCGUGCAUCUGGUCGGCACCUGGCUCACAUUAUGGGGCUGGGGCAGGCGCCAUCGAUACGCCGUGCUGCGGGGCCACGGCUGAGCGCAGCCAGUGUGGGAUGGAGAGGAACUGUGCUUGUUCUCACGAGAAACUUCCCCCGACGCUGUUUUGGCAGAACUGGGGGCGAGGGAACGGCCGCGCGCGCCGGGCGAGUGCACGCCUGUGCUCACGUUUUAUAGUGCUCCCUUGGAGCACAAUGCUUGUGUGACCGGGGCUGAGGGCAGCUGGGGACAAUUCAGGGUGUGUUCAUCCUCACAGAGGGUUAUUUCCCUGCCUUGCAGGCCGUGUCAUGGGGAAAGGUGGGGAUCUGGGGGUGCCCUCCUCUGCUUGCGGCUCCCCUGUAGCCCUUCUUCCCCCAGCCAUUGCCUUGGCUCUGCAUCACACAAGCGUGGCCACACAGGCAGGGCAGUGCCAGGGCAAGGUGGAUGUCCAGGCCGGAGCCACCCAGCCGUGCCCACCACUUGGACCCCGCAGACCCUGAUGUGACACCUUUGCCCUGGAUCCUCCUUUGGCGGUGGUUCUGUCCCUGGCUGCUGGUCCAGCUGGGCACCGCUCAGCAGGGGAAGGAGCACCAGGACGUGGGAGGCUCUCUGCUUGCCUCCCCACCCCAGCAGCGUGGUAUCCCACGCUGGGGUCACCCUGGGGGUACCUGACUCCCAGCCUCAGCAGCAGCUUCCUCUGGGCAGAGGGAAGGUCUGCAGCAUCCCACAUUCCCAAGGAGACCGUGGGAAGCUUUGAAAAAGUUGGCCAAGCUCUGGGCUGCCUAUUUAUAGCAUUGCGCGCUCCGCGCUCUCAUGCUUCUGUUCCCCAGCGUAACUGCACGGGAUUGUUUAUAUUUCCUCUGCUCUGCUUCCCCCUCGGCUAUCCUUCGCAGGAAUGCCGCUGGUAUUGCAGAUAUGGGGAAGUCAAGGAGGAUUCGGGCCGAGUCCCAGCAUCACUACGUGGGCCAAAGAGCUCACCCUACGCUGGGUGCCCGUCUGUCCUGCAGGCAUACAGGCCGUGUGGGGUUGGUGGGUCACAGCCUUACUGUGCUACUGCUUGCUGAUGUGGGCUGGGGAGUCAUGGGAGCCUCCUAGCUUACUGCCCAGAGGGUAGAGGGUGCCACAUUGGUCCCUCUCCACUGUGGCAACCACAAACUAAAUCCAGUCUUCCCCUAUCAGGACUGGCAUAGGGCUGCUGGAGCUUUGCUGCAGAGAAGCUCUGUCUGCCAUCCCGUUUGGAUGCCCAGCAGCUGUAGUUUGGUGAGGCUCAGCAGAGCCGUGAGGCUCAGAGCAGAGUAGUUCGUAUGCGGCUGCUCAGAGAGGCUGGCUGUGCUGAAUUCCAGCACCUCCUUUCUCUGCUUCAGGAGGAGUGCAGCUUCUGAACACAAAGCCACCUUUUGGGGGCAAGCAGCCCCUCCAGCCUUGUGCUAUCCCCUCCCUGUGUUCCUCUGUUGGAGGAGCUGCUCUGCAGACGUGGGCCGGCCUGCCAGAGGCUGCUCUGCACUCCUGGCCACCUCUUGAGUGAGUGGGAUUUGGCAGCGAGGGGAGAUCGCAUUCUUCUGCGGGGAGGAUGCACCAUGGUUAACCCCCUCAGCUCCCCUGGAAGCCUUUCCUCUGCCCCCUGGGCUCGUGCCUGUUGGUGGCAGCAAUUGCUUUCCCCAUCCUUUUCUCCACAGGGUUUGGAUACCUGCAGUCUGCCAGCUGUGGGCAUGACAAAACCAAGGGAGCUCAGGGGCUUCCCCCUGCUGCUUAGCCCUGCCCUAGGCUCCCCAGCCCCUGGCCAAAGGUAAAUAUUCCAGGCAGAGGCUGGGAUCACCCUCGUGCAGAAGCAGCUUUUGCUUUGUGUCAGGCUCUCCUAGGCAGCCAAGGAGCCGAAAUCUGCCGGCAGCUGUUGCCAGCUCACGCUGACCCACUGUGGCUGUGCUGCCAACAGCUGCAUCUGACACGCCAGGCAUGCUCCCCAUGGUGUGGAGCACUCAGCCACCCCGUGUCCCACAGCGUCCCUGGGGCUCUUCAGGGCUGGGGACCCCACGGACUUGGUGUGAGUGCCAGGGCAGGAUGGGGAGCAGGAAGGUGUUGGGGAUGAGCUGAUCAGUGUGUGCACAAUGAGACUGCCAUCAUCGUUUGUCUCCAAACCUGCGUUCUUGCCCAUUUCCGGCAGCCCCAUGGACCUACGUCCACUCUGGGACUCUCACCCAACCACAGCACCCCUCUCACACCACCCCUUCCUGACCUCGGCAUCUGCCUCCUGCACAGGACACAGGUGGGGGGUUCCUGGGGGCCCCCCGGGACCGGCUGCCGCUAGGUGGAGCGGCACGCGCGCCAUCUGGCCCUGCAUGCUCACCUCUGGCAACAUCUGCACAGCCUGGUGUCUGAGCCACCUCCGAAACCGGAGCGCCCCGGCCCCAGCCUCCCGCAUAUUUGCUGACAUACGUACUGCUCAGCCCGGGAUGGAACUAAUGCAGAAAACAUGUUUCCCCGCCGCAGCGUGCGCAACGUGGGCUGUGAGCAGCGAGGCCCCGCCAGGGCACUGGGCUGGGCUGGGCGAGGGUCCCAGCACCGUCUCUUCUGCACAGUGAUCCGAAGGCGCUUUCUGGCAUGCUCUGCCCCAUCCCACCCAGCUGGGGACCAGCCGUGGCUCCACCACGUUGCUCACAGGAGUGUCGCAGCUCCCGCUGAGCUACGUGUGCUGCAGAGGGGCGCUGCCACCGAGCAUUCCCUGCCCUUUGCCAGCUGUACCACCAGGGCUGACAUCUCUGGCUCCCCUGGUGCUGCUUGCUCCACAGGACUGGGAGCCAGCAGAGCCGGCACAUGAGGUUUUCAAAUCUCCAGCUGUCAAAUUUUGGCUGCCACAGCCGUGUGGCUCAGGUGCAGAAGCAAUCUCCUCGCCGACAAUCCUGGCUGGGGUUGGGCUUCCAGCUCUCCUGGCCUUGGCUCCCAGGGUUUCCUUCCCCUCUCAGCACUGAUACUGGCUCUAUCCUUCUGUCUAGCAGCAAGGUGCUGAGCUGGCGGGGAGGGCUAGCAGCCCCCAGCCAUCUACCUCACUGCCCCACAUUGGGGCCCUCCUUGUCCUCACUGCAGUGGCGCAGCCCUCACACUGCACAGGGGACACAUCACCUGCUUAACCUGAAAGUGGGACAGGGCUGAAGGGAUGCUGGUCCUGGAGCCAUGCAGGAUGCAGAGGGAAGGAUCUAGCAGGAAAGGAGAAUGACAUCGGGGGUCUGUUUCACCAGGGAGGUCUCCAAUGCCAGUGGAGAUACGUUGGAUCUUGCCCCACAUCUUGCUGCUGCUGCAGGGAGCACCAGGCUUGGCUUGGCUCCUCACGGGCCAUGCUGGCUGGCGUGGCUGUGUUUGUCCUGGCAGGGGAUGUGCUUGGCACCCUGUGCCCUCUCCCAACCUGGCUGUGGGCCCCAGCAGCUCCUCUAUAGGGCAGGCAUCCUGCUGAGCCUUGAGGGGACUCCUGGCAGGGCUUCUCCCAGAAGCACAGCACCUCUGUGGGGCACAGCUCCUCUAGGUGCCAGGAGAGCGUGUACAUGCCAUCCCCACGUGCGUCCCACCCUGGGUAUGCUUUGCAGGGAGCAGAGUCAGGAGUGCUGGGCUGUGUGGUGGUGCUGGAAGUACAGCACUCAGCUCAGCUCUGCCUUUCCGUGAUGGCUCUGGAAGCAUUGGUGGUUGGGCUGUUUUCUUGGCGCUGGUUAAGUGAGAGUGAGGGAGUUCCAGCACCUCCUGUGUCGCACAGCAAGCAUUGCUGCAAGGUCCCGCUGGGACACCGGAACCGCAGGGCCCAUCUGGGUACCACGUGGGAGCCAGCACUGUAACUCCUCUGCUCCUGUCCUCAGCAGAGCUGCACCAGGGCCCAGCAGUGGGACUGGGGAUGGUGCCGCAGAGGACAGGGCGAAGUCUGGGUGCGCUGGGGGUCCUGGCCUCUCAGCAACACAAGGGGAAAGGGGCUGCUGGGCUCAGUUUACCAUCAGUGUCUCAGUAGCCUCUGGACACACGUGGGGCACCUGCCUCCUGAGCUGGGAUUUGGCACGGAUGAAGAGCCCAGGAUACAACUGGGGAAAGCGUCCCAGGACAUGAGAACAACAAGGACUCCCGGCUGCUCUGGAUGGGAGCCAGCGAUUGCCUCAUCUCCGUGGGGUUCAGCCAGAUGCGCGAGCGGGAGGUGAAGCUCUGGGACACACGGAAGUUCAGUGGUGCGACUUUCACCUUGGCACUGGAUACCUCAUCUGGGGCCGUGAUCCCGCUGUAUGACGCCGACACGGGGCUGCUGGUGCUGGCGGGGAAGGGAGAAAGCCUCCUGUACUGCUUGGAGGCGGCAUCGGCUCAGCCUGCCCUCACCCAAGUCACUCAGUGCCUGAUGGAGGGACACACACGGGGCCUGGCCACCAUUCCCCGCCUGGCCCUGGAUGUCAUGGCGUGCGAGGUGCUCCGCGUCCUGCAGCUCACCGACACCUUCCUUGUCCCUGUCAGCUACAUUGUGCCUCGCAAGUCCAACCAGGAAUUCCACGAGGAUCUGUUCCCUGACUGUGCUGGGAUGUUGCCGGCCACAGAUGCCCAGUCCUGGUGGGCAGGGGACAGUCAGCAGGUGGGCAGGGUGAGCCUGCACCCAGCACGGAGACCCACGCAGACCUUCUGUUCCCCGCUCAUCGCCGCCGUGCACAGCACCCAGCUGCCCAGUGACGGCCCUGUGGAUACUGAGCGCAGUGAGGGCAGUGGCUACUCUUCGCCCUCCGGCUCGCUGACCUCACCGAGCAGCGCUGGCGCCUCACUCUCCACCAGCACCGCCCCCUCCAGUGGCUUCAUCAGCAGCCCCAGCCAGAAGUCACUGCAGAGUAUUUUGGGGCCCAGCUCCCGCUUCCGGCACGCACAGGGCACAGUGCUGCACCGUGACACCCACAUCACCAACCUGCGGGGGCUGAGCCUCACCACGCCGGGCGAGAGCGACGGCUUCUGCGCCAACCACCAGCGAGUUGCCCUCCCACUGCUCUCUGCUGGUGGCCAGAUCGCUGUCCUUGAGCUCUCCAAACCAGGCCGUCUCCCCGACAUGGCUGUGCCCACCAUCCAGAAUGGUGCAGCAGUGUCCGACCUCUCCUGGGACCCCUUUGACCCACGGCGCCUUGCAGUCGCGGGGGAGGAUGCCAAGAUCCGGCUGUGGCGGGUGCCUGAGGGCGGGCUGCAGGACACACUGCAGGAGCCUGAGGCCGUGCUGAGAGGGCACACGGAGAAGAUUUACUCCAUCCGCUUCCACCCUGUGGCAGCCGACCUCCUCGUCUCCUCUUCCUACGACAUGACGGUGCGGAUCUGGGAGCUGGGUGCUGGGCAGGAGGUGCUGUGCCUGCAGGGACACACGGACCAGAUCUUCAGCCUGGCCUGGAGCCCCGAUGGGAGGAAGCUGGCGACAGUGAGCAAGGAUGGCCGGUUACGGCUCUAUGAGCCUCGGUGCAGCCCCCAGCCCCAGCAGGAGGGUCCCGGCCCCGAGGGAGGCCGUGGGGCACGUGUGGUCUGGGUGUGCGGAGGCGAUUUCCUCCUCGUGUCCGGCUUUGACAGCCGCAGCGAGAGGAAGAUCCUUCUGUACCGUGCACAGGCCCUGCCUGAUGGGCCCCUCUCCGUUCUCGGCCUCGACGUGGCCCCGUCCACACUCCUGCCCUUCUACGAUGAGGACACCAGUGUUGUCUUCCUCACCGGCAAGGGUGACACCAGAGUCUUUCUCUACGAGGUGACUCCCGAGCCACCCUAUUUCCUCGAGUGCAACAGCUUCACCUCCAGCGACCCCCACAAGGGCUUCGUCUUCCUGCGCAAGACAGCGUGCGACGUGCGGGAGGUGGAGUUCGCCCGGGCGCUGCGGCUGGGGCAGGGCAGCCUCGAGCCGGUGGCUUUCCGCGUGCCUCGCGUCAAGAAAGAGUAUUUCCAAGAGGACAUCUUCCCUCCGACCCGCGUGUGGUGGGAGCCGGCCCUGAGCGCCGGCGCCUGGCUGGGGGGAGCGGAGGGACAGCAGGGCCGCGCUGAACUCCGUCCUGCCGGCAUGGAGCCAGUCAGCCAGGCCCCGAGGGAGGCACCGGCACGGAAGUUUGUCCCUGCGGCCGCGUAUCUGGGGGAGAAGACGGACGAGCAGAAGAAGGAGGAGCUCCUCAGCGCCAUGGUGGCCCGGCUGGGGAACCGCCGCGACCCGCUGCCGCAGGACUCCUUCGAAGGCGUGGAUGAGGCCGAGUGGGCCAAGUACCUGGCGCAGAUCAUCCUGGUCGGGGCCCAGGUGGUCGGACGGGCCUUCAUGAGAGCGCUGCGCCAGGAGUUCGCAGCGAGCCGAGCUGCAGCAGAUGCACGGGGCCGCUCAGAGAGGCCUCAGUCCGCCGCCGCCUCCAGGAUCAUUGGCAUCAGCCUCCAGGAAGCUCAGCAGAUCCUCAACGUCUCCAACCUCAACCCGGAGGAGAUCCAAAAGAACUACGACCAUUUAUUCAAGGUGAAUGACAAGUCGGUGGGAGGCUCCUUCUACCUGCAGUCCAAGGUGGUGAGAGCCAAGGAGCGGCUGGACGAGGAGCUGCGCAUCCAGGCCAAGGACGAGAAGGAGAAAGGCUGGAAAGCCGAGACGUGACUCCUGUCACUCGUAUCCCUGCUUCCCUCUCCCUUAAGUUAUAGGUGGCCAAUAAACGCCGUGUCCUCCA